CAUGUGUUGGCCCCGCCCUCUUUAUAAACUAUACAGUGACGUAUUUCCGGCCAGCUGUCAAACUCGCAGGCUACAUGCCAGUGGACGGGACAGAGACCAAAGACCAACAGAUCAGGUUAUUAAUCCAGCAGAUCAAGGCAGUCCAGAGAAAUGUCUUUUAUAUUUGACUGGAUCUACAGGAGCUUCAGCAGUGUCUUGCAGCUAUUAGGGCUGUACAAGAAGAGCGGCAAGCUAGUGUUCCUCGGACUAGACAAUGCCGGAAAAACAACGCUCCUGCACAUGCUCAGAGACGACAGGCUAGGACAGCACGUGCCAACGCUACAUCCAACAUCUGAGGAGCUGACCAUAGCUGGGAUGACCUUUACGACGUUUGACCUUGGAGGUCACACACAAGCACGAAGGAUUUGGAAGAACUACCUCCCAGCCAUAAACGGUAUCGUCUACAUGGUGGAUUGUGCGGAUCAUGAGCGACUAGCAGAGGCUAAAGUUGAACUGGAUGCUCUGUUGACGGAUGAAACCAUCUCGAACGUCCCGGUUCUGAUCCUAGGGAAUAAGAUCGACCGUCCGGAGGCCAUCAGUGAGGAUGGGCUCAGAGGAGUCUUUGGUCUUCAUGGACAGACAACAGGAAAGGGCAAAGUGUCGCUGAAGGAGCUGAAUUUGAGGCCAAUGGAAGUUUUCAUGUGUAGCGUGCUGAAGAGGCAAGGAUAUGGAGAUGGUUUCCGCUGGCUCUCCCAGUAUAUUGACUGAUUCACGUUCUUUUAAUAACCUUGUUUACCUUAUUGUUCCACACAAAACUACCUGCCGCAAAGAGACAUUUUAUUAAAUAUUUAGGACUUUGACUGUGCGAGUAGGAAAUGUGUUACAAGUAGUGUUUUGUGUUCUGUAUUCUUCAUCAGUAUGUUAUAUCAAUCCUACCACAGCGAGUCAAAGACUAAGUUAUGAAUCAUCAGUCUGUAUUGUACAGAUUGAGUGUGGAGAAUAAUCUUCAUGGUUUCCACCUUUACUUAAAGCCUGUAGAGAACUCUGUCCGCCAUAUAGAACAUGUCAUCGCUGUGAACCAGUUUUCUGACCCGGGUUUAUUUUUAGCUGCUGGUGUAGACUUACAGUGAAGGUCAAUUUGGUUAACAUUUUGUGCUCGGGGUUGCUCUUCCUUGAUUGAGGAUGAAUAUUAUAAUCAUUAUAUCUUUAUAUUACCCUACUUCUUUCAAACUAAUGGGAAUUUUGAAGUACCAUAAAAUAUAUUGUCAAAGAACAGAAUAGUUUUCCUGGAAAGUGCUGCAGAGGUUUGGUGCCAUAUUUGUUAAUAAGAAAAUACAGUAGCCUGCUAUCACCAAGGAUACUGACAAAUCCACUGAUUGUAUGUUUUUCUUUAAUCAUUGAAGGGUUUACCACUACAGGCCAAUUGUAUGAAUGUGACCACAAGUGCAUUAACUGACAUUUUGCUGUGUCAAAUAACUGCAUCAGCACAGCCAGGUGGUGUAACAAACUCAUACUUGGAUGCCAAAUUACCUGUUUUCAUGAUGGUUAACUGCUGUGAAACAACUUGAGUACUUUGUGAUUAGUGGCUGCUCACAACGGGCAGUGAUAUUAUGAGAGUACUUUGGUGGUGCUUAAAAAUAAGGCAUGCAAAAGAUAUGCAUGAAAUUACCUCUUAGUGCAAUACUACACAUUAUUUUGUAUAUAAGCUCUUAUUUAUAUUUUGAAAUAAAAAUUUGGCUUGCCUUAUGUUACAUCAAGCUCUGAAGUAAUGUAUCUGUUACAAAAGGUAGGUCAUAUUGUUAUUAAAACGUGUGAAGUUUGAGCAUAAUAAAUAUUUUUGACAAUCCUUUAAA